AUGGGAGUCCUCUCAUCGUUACGAGAUGAGCGCCUCGUCUUCUUCGGCCUCGGUCUCGCGACCGUGGGCUUCAUCGGCAUGAUGCGCCUCAUCCUGGAGCAUUACCGCGAUGAAGUCGAGAUCAAGCCCAGGUCCCCCAAGACGCAGUACAUCACCCAGGCGACAGAGGAUGCUUUGGACCUGCACACCCUCAACAGCCUCCUCGACCACUACAAUCCCACCAUCCGGGACACUGCCACCAGGAUUGUCGUCGGCAGGGCCGUCAACGAUGCAGACACCAUCCGCUAUCUGCUGAUUGGCAUUACCCGCCCCAACUACGACGAGCGCGAGAAGUGCCUGCGGGCCCUCGUUUUCGCUGUGGAGGAAAGAGAGUCCAUGCACGAGCCGUUGAAAGCCCUCAACACCCCCAAAGCCUACGCUGCCAUCGUCAGGUGUCUGGAGCUUUGCCUGGCCGACAAGGAGCGUGGCAACCUCAACGACCUCCUAUGGGACGAGUACCACCUGCGCGAUGUCAAUGAGCGGCGUUGCAUCAUGUUGGUUCAGCAAUUGAUCAAUGCAUACGGUGCCAAGAUGCUCGUGGCCGCCAACUUUAUCGAGAGAUGGCUUGUGAAACAGGACUGGGGCGAUGGAGACGAAGAGCGCCAGCGCAACUUUAGCACCUACAUCAGUCGCAGGAAGAACCGCCUCAGCGAUGUCUGCUCCGCGUUGACGGCCUUCAAGGAAGGCCGCAAGGCCCUGAGACAGAAUAAGUUGCUGGGCAAGGGGCGCAGCGGCCCUCGCGACGGGCCAGACAACGGCGGCAUCAAGGUCAUCCUGGAGAUAAGCAUGUCGAACGAGGAUGAGAACGGUGAGAUCCAGCAGGAGAACUUCCAGACUGAGCUGGUCCCUAGAAUUAUGGACCAGAGCGACGAAGAGCAGCGACGACGCAGACGCCACCGUGAGGCUAUAGUACUGAACGACGGGACGCACUCUCUUGGGAGAGGGGACAUUAUCGAGCGGGAGCACGACUCGCAUGCCUGA